AUUCCGUUGGAGGUCCGGCAGGCUCUGCCAAAACAAGGCAACCAGCAGAUUUGCCUGAGGUUUCUGUCUGCUCAAGGCUGCCGGGGGAAGAACGGUAGCUGUGUUAUCAAACAUCUUUGCCACUUCAAGCCUGCCAGUUUGCCCGAAAUUGUGCGCGACUUCCUUACUCAGAAUUAUGGAGGCCUUUCUGCAGAUAUGCAG